AUGAUUCAAGAAGUAUCUUCUAAUGAUCGUGGACACGGAGCCAGUUGGUUGGAGCUCAUACCGUUUCUGCCCUCUGAGAAGGUUCGACGAUUAGAUAAAACCGUCAGCGGGAACAUAUGUCUAACUAGUUUCCGUGUCCUCUUUUAUUCGAAGCAUCAGUCACAUACAAUUAGCAUACCAAUUCAUUUGAUCCGAAGGGCGGAAGCCUCUCUGGUUCACCUCAACCUCACUACGAAAAUAGGGACCACGUUCACGUAAGUAAAAACAUCAAUGACAAACUUCCUAGAUGUUCCUUUAAAAACGUGUGCCUCUGUGAGCGUUGGGCUGCUCUGCUGUCCUCCUUGAUGGAGUUUCCAAAAGAGUUGCCGCUCGCAUUCGCUGCCUCUUACCGAAGGGCACUACAAGAUCUGGGACAGUCGCACCCCUUCCUAUUACCCGUCAAGGAACAUUUACAGCUCCAAGGUAUACUUAUUUGAAGUACUCAGUGGCUCCAGAUUCAGACAACGCCUUGGAUGUGGCUCUUGUCCUUUACGAGUUUGAACGGCUAGAGUUUAGCAAGGAUUGGAAAGUUACUGAUGUCAACAGUGAAUUUGGGUACUCAUUCGCAUUCAUGGCCAACUUCUCCUUUAAGCAUUUGUCGCAGCUAUCCCAGAUACCACAUUAUGCCGCGUGAUAUCAAAGACAAUGACAUACCUUCCAUGGCAACAUUCCGGAGCCACAACCGAUUCCCCUCUGUUGUGUGGAGAUCGAGAAAAACGGGCGCCGUGCUUUUGCGCUGCGCACAACCAUGUGUUGGUAUUAUGUAUUCCAGGAACGAAUUGGACGAACUUUUCGUAAAAUCAGUGCUUUCAAACUGUAGAAAUGACCACAGAUUGAAGAAUCGUGGUGAAGGUAGACUGACCCCUAUACUAAACAAAAUUAGUCUAAUUGCAUUCAGACUUAUUUCUCUGCAAAUUUUUCUGCGUAUUCAUGUACAUAUAAAUAUCUUUUAUUUUUAUAGAUCCACCAAGGCUUCUUAUAAUCGACGCUAGAAAUUACAGUGCAGCUCAGUUGAACCGUCUGCGCGGUGGUGGAUUUGAGUACGUUGAAUACUAUGAGCAGUCGCAGAUCAAAUUCAUGGAUCUUCCGAACUUACACUCCGUUCGCCUUAGCUUCGAACGUCUCACCCAGCUCUACGAGAGCAAACCGGAGACAAAGUAAGUAUCAGUCUUUUCUUGCAAUUAAUAAAAACGUUUUUACCAAACCUGAUACGUUAGGCUUGUUUGCUGUCCAGCAAAUAAAAGAACCGAUAAUUUCCUCUGGCAUCCUCAAGGGUAGGCAUGAGUGCUUUGCUCCUAGUUGCUCUUACCAUUAUUCAUUCUGGAGCUGAAGUCCAUUUGAUGGCGUCUGCGUACCAUCCGCUGCAACUAAAUUAGAAAUGAGUUGCAUCCAAGGUAAAGAUAUUUUCCUCAGUGCAAACCUCUCGUAAUAGUGCACUGACGUUGGGGGUAACUCCUUUGCUUAUCUUGAAGUUGUAAUGUUUACAAAGGAGCUUAAUGUCUGCUGGCUUGACACAAGAUUUUCCUCUUCAGUUGGUAUUCUGCCUUGGAGAAAACUUUGUGGUUGUAUUACAUCAGUCAACUUAUAAAGUCGGCCUCAGAAGUUGCUGCUGCCCUUGACGCUCACUGCCGUCCGGUCAUGGUCCAUUGCACGGAUGGUUGGGAUCGCACUCCGCAGCUGACGUCACUUGCCAAGAUCCUUUUGGAUCCAUUUUACCGUACCAUCCAGGUAAUUCAAACCCUUUCCGUUGUGAUGACCUUCAAAGUAUACAUUUGGUUUCUAACACCAAGUUAUGCUAUCAAGACAACCGUGACCCGCCUCAAUACGUCAUAUACCACCACAGUACUCCGUCACAUUAAAACUGAAAUGGCUACAGACAGCUUUAAAUCUGGAUUGUACCCAGGGGAAGACCAUAAUUCACUUCUCAGUCCACUCGUUUGCCGUAUUUGACGGUGGCGAAGGUGCUACUAUUAACUAAUACUGUAGGCAAUCGCCAACAGUGGCACGUUGGCCUUGGGGUUGCCUCGACAACUGGCCACAUGCGACUGCAUUAAGAUCUUUAGAGCACUGGGACAUCUGAUCACCCGCGGAUGGCCAAAUUUUAUGUGGUCCAUUGUGAAGCUUUUUUGGGAUAUUAAUCACGAGUUAUCAUCCAACCACUCAUUGGCCCACAUUUUGUGUGUGUAUGCACCUUUGAAAAACUGAUUUUCAAGUAGCAAGUUGCAACUCUGUGAAAGAAGGCGUUUUCCGUGGAGGGAUUGCAUUUGACAGGCCUGCCCCUUGCAUCAACCCUUCAAUUUUAUUACGCAUGUUCAUAAUACCGCCAAGUUAUUCCCUGCCGCCUAGUCAACUAAGACCAUGGCAUCCUGCCUAGUGCACAUUUAUACUCUGUCAUCAUUUAGGUUUUAUUGCUUUGCUACGUUCUGCUUCAUCAAUUAUAGGGAUUUCGUAUUCUUGUUGAACACGAAUGGUUACAAUUUGGUCACAAGUUUGGCGAUCGUUGUGGUCACAAUCCAUCAAGUGGUCCAGAAGAGCGCAGCCCAAUUUUCCUCCAGUGGCUUGACUGUGUUCGCCAGGUCCAUCACCAGUUUCCCGCAUACUUCGAGUUCAACGAAUUGUUUCUGGUGGGUUUCGACUAACCUAUUUGGGCAGUUUAUUUUUCACCAUUUGCCCCCAGGCUUCUAACCUUUGUCCUUUAUCUCAUCAGAUAAAGUUGGCGAUGCAUACCUACUCCGGUCUUUUUGGGACUUUCCUCUUUAACUCGGAACGGGAUAGACAUGCAGCCCAGUGUUCCCAACAGACAUGUUCUUUGUGGGCGUUUUUGAAUCCAACGCGUAAUUGGUCCCUUCGAAACUAUCUGUACGAACCAAAACAAGAGGUAAAUUCGCAAUCUCUACGCGCCUAAAGUUUAUUCCUGCUUUACUAUUUAUGCAAAAUGGUAGUAUUUCCCUUGACCCAUCGUUAUAUCGUACUUUUUUUUACACAUAACACAUUUUUUGCGUUACAGGUUAUCAAGCCCGCUUGGCAGGUGCGUAGCCUCGAUUUAUGGGAUUCACUAUACCAAACUGCCCUUCUGCCUUGCACUGUUUUCAACCCACCGGCUGCCACUACCGCGACCUCGGAGCACCGAGAACUCAGCAAACAGUCUGCCAUUCCAAACGAUUUCCUACCUGAUAGUACUGUCUCCCUUCCAGUAUCGCAGCCAUUGGAAGUUACCCCCCUAGCAACGGCCUCCAGUGGCCCGCCAACGGGUGGAAGGCCUGUUGUCCAGUCAGGUUCCAGCAUAAAUACUCUCUUUGAGGAAUCAGCAUCGUCUAACAAACUGCCACGGUCAAAAUCGCUGAUGGCCCUAUCAACCGGUUCCUUAAAAGUACGGUCAAAUGUAGCCUCGGAUGACAUUGAAGCCACUCUACACGCCAGAUUUCUUGCGUCCACGGCGCUAAACCCAACGGAGGAUAAAAGAAAGUUGGACAAAGUAGAUUCUGGUGAUAUUCGUGGUGGUAAGAAGACAACUCUUUCCUCUUCGCUCACGUCUCUUCCGGAUACGGCAAAGGUGGGACGUCCUUUUGACAAGAGAAAACAACUCUCAAGCUCAGCUUCGAAUCUGUCUUUUCGUUUUGGACCAGAGGCGCGACAUUAUAACCCCGACACAGAAACCGAGAUCUUGUGCUCUUCACCAGUGGAGCUGCUACCUGUAAACAACUUCCCGCCCGCUCAUCCAAGUUCUUCACGUGGAAACAUUUCAAGUUCCGUCUUCGCCGGUGGCAUCCGCACAUAUCUCUCAGACCAAGAUCUUUCCUCCCAGAAAUGUACCCAUAGCCGGAGCGCAAGUGACCCGCCAUCAGCUUACAGAAAGAUUCGACUCUCGGUAAGUCCAACGUACUCUUACCGGAUCACGGUUGUGACUGCCAGUGCAAGCGAUAAGAGUUCUAGAAAGCAGUUAAAGAGACUCUGUCGCCGAAGCGACUUUGUUUAAUAUGCUCUCAAAACCGCCAUGAAAGACAACGUUGCAUAAAGCUAGCGGGUACGCAGGGGUGCAAUAUCUUUAGAAUUCCAUUAAUACGUCACAAUGCCUAAAAUUAAGUUUCUGCAUCCAUCACGUGCGUUUGCAUUUGGUGCCAUUAUUACUUGGUUGGAGAAUUCUGAGUCGUUAAAGGCCGUGAUUACAUCGCCUGUGUUGGUGACUGGUAAUUUCCAUUACUAGUGCUGUCGCUAGAGACUGUUCUCCUGCACACCCUCCACGCGACUAAUUACUUUGCCCAAGCAAACUUUUAAAACCGAAUGGGGAGAGAGGAGUCUAUUGCGUUCGUCGAUAAACGGUGGACCUGCGAUAAUGACUCCGGCAACUCGCAACUCACGGAAUUAGUAGCAUUUGGAAUGAUCCCGACCACAAACUUCAGCGUGUGGUCGGGUUCCUGUCAAGUGAAUCACUAAUUGAAAGUUGGCACUAUCCCUCAUCAUUUCUCGGCCAUCUGCUAUACAGUUGCUCCGUCUUCAACUGCACCAGGCCUGGUAAAGGACUGCAGACGUUUCUUGUCGUGGCAAUGCGUCUUUGGGUUUUGUCAUUUGGCGCCUGGUGAUUGCCUCUAGUCUGUGUGCAAUCCUCACCACGAGUGACUUGAAAAGUCUACUAACACCGAAGCAGGCGGCGACGCUCGCUUAAAUUUGUAUCCUAUGCGGUUUGGUGUCUCUUAUUUUUGCGCACCAGUUGAUCUUGUCUUUCGGUUUCCUGCAGUGAGCUUCGACUCGCGGAUAGAGCGCGCUUUUGUUACUGUUUGUGACUAAACGAUCGCCAGCACCCCGGCCAACACUCGUCACUAAUGCCUUUCUCGUCCACUACAUCCGCACGUCCAGCCACCGCACGGGCUCGUUCGAUCAUAUGCGCAUACACUACUGUAAUUGCUAACAUUCCACCCGCCAGUCAAAUUCACCGUUCCCACACGAGCAUGGACCUUUCUGGUCGUAUACGCACAUGAACACUAUUAUAGUGUUUGUCGACUUCGGCCCUAGCUGGUGAACUGUUGUAAUCGUUGGUGCGUGCCACGACGUAUAUGGAGGCUACGCUCAGUCUCACGUCUAGUCGACUUAACCCGGACAAGUCUUUGGUGUAUGAGAGUGUAAGGAGAGUAAAGUCGAUCCAGCGCUUCCUCACCACAAACGACCAGAUUUGCUUUUAAACUAUCGUGACGCGCCAACAGCAGUGGCUUGGAAGACUGCCGACUAACGGGACAACUAAAUCUCUCAGGACUGAAGGUCAGAUUGCAAUGGCUCCUUGACGUGGCCUUUAUAACACUCGUUAACCAAGGUCGUGUGUGGCACGCGUUGCUGUCUGUUUAACUUCGCCAGUCACUGCGUCCCCGUCCACUUCCAAUCGUCCUGACUGCUUACCGUUGUAGGGCGCCAAGUGUGGGAAGGGAAAGUGACGUAAAGUCAGCGCAGGUCUGCCUCACCAGAUAACUUCAGAUAUAAAUGACUACCGUUUCAUCCUCGCGGAGUAAUCGUGAGCUCUAUCGCUUCUAACGCUCGAACCAUCGACCGCUACCUAAGUUCGAUACUUGCAUCCUGUUUGUCGCCUUCCUGAACACUAGUUCUUAGGCCUAAUCUUUGCGACAGACGGGGGCAUAAAAAGGCACUUUGGUCCGCCCUCAGUCAUGAGUUGUAUUUCCAGAGGACGCCGUUGAGACGUUUUUGGAGUAGUCGGCACCCAAUUCCGUUCGAUGGCAGGGUUACUACCCACAUACCGAGAGCAGAGUUUCAAUCUGUUAUGUUGAGAGGCCAACGACUCUGGCCGCUGGCACACGGCCUCUGUUGAGUACAGAAGCUAGUGAACCCGCUGGUCGGCCUUUUACCUGCCCGUGCACUAUUCUAUUAGAUAUGGAGUGCAUUUUACGACAGAUACUGAAAUAUUGGAGGAUUUACACGCUUCAGGGGAUAGAAGCAAAAAGGGGCGUUGCAUCAAUAUCCAAUGGAGUCGUUCCACAGGAAACUUCUGAGUUUAUUAAAUAAUUGUAUUUGCUAGCCGACUGUGGUUUCCUAAUCACUAAUCAGAAAUGCAAGACGCCAAAAGCACCAUUACCAGUCCGCAAGUUAGUUUCUUUGAGUAGUUCGAUGGGCCGGAGGGAGAGAGCCUUCUUUUAUGUAUCUUGGGAAAGUCAUUGGGUCGAGUCCUGUAGAUGAAAUCCUAGAGCGCCAUAGAUCGUUCAGCUGAUGACGAAACUGUUUCUCUUAACGGCUGCCAAGCUGACCUCCCUUUAUUUCUCUUGACACUGCUCUUCCGAGCAACGGUGGCAGUAUCACUCAGCUUAUAUCUAAUCAGAUCACAAAUUCAGCUAAGACCGACGAACUGUGCUUCUUAAGUUCGAAGUGAAAGAUUAGAUUGGAAACCCGGGUUUGGUGGCCAACAAAAAUAUACCAAAGCGGGAUUUAAGCAAUCCACGUAUGCAAUUUUACCAGAACGCACGAUAUUCGACGAAGUGAGUCGUAGAACAGAGAGACCUGCGGGCUUCUGUCAGUGACCAACGAGUCAUCCCCCUGACGUUGUCCAGGAAGGCCCAGAGGGCGCACAAUUACUUGGUACCGUUGCAUGGGUCGGAAAGUGAACUUACCAGAAGACUAUGAAGACUAAGCGUCAUAUUACCAUUCUAAAAAAAAUCGGGAUAUGUUAGUUCCACGAUUGCACAGCCAAUUCAUGAAUUCGAGGUCAAUGCGCCCGUUUUUAUCCAUUUCCGAGCCCCCAAAGAUGUUCGAGCAAAGAGAAUCACGAAGGUAGGCUAUGGCCAGGCCUGGUUUCCUAACAAGGGUCCGUUUGCUAUAGGGGAGAAUUUAUCCAUCCGGUGAGUGCAGAGGAAAACAAAUGAUAUAAACGCCCUUAAGCCGGGCAAGACGGGUCACGUGGGCAGCUAUGCGAAGGCAUUGAGCCCGAAAAGUCGCGUCUCGGAAACAACUCCGUUAUCGCCCAGUAAUUUCGACAAAAUUGUAAGCAUCGCCGUCCAAUGUGUCUUAACUUAAUUAUGCGUAAUGGGUGGAGCAGCGGCCUGACCCACAAGUUGUCAACACUAGCCUUUAUAUUCCCAGCUUGCUCUACCCUCACUCCCAUUGCUCUCAUAAGCGGUAAAGACCUCCACCCUGAGAGGUUUACCACAUCUGCAACUAGUUUGACGGACAAAUAGCUGUGCUUCUAGAAUUGCUGUCUUCACGACAUAUGGAUGCUCAUGUCUGUAGUACAGCCUAUUAAGAAGUCGGUUAACCCGGCAUUAUUGGUAGCUGUAACAAGUACAACGCCAAGAAGUGUUAUCGAUAAAGCAUAGGAAGAUUAAAAUGACUGUUUCUGGUUUAUUAGCCGUCAGCAAUCAUUCAUGCCCUGGAAAGUUUUAAAAACUAUGUGAGAACCCAGACUGGUCGAUACCAGAUAAGAUACCAGCGCAGGUAAAACUAACAGCGAUGGUAUCAUUGACAGUGCAAGCCGCGAGCAUUAUAUCGUUACCGUCCCUGCAUAAUUUCGAAAUUAUCCGAUGAGUCAUCCGGUGGCAGUUCUGAAGUUUUCUGCAGUCAUUUCUCAUUGCCGCCAAAUUCCACUCCAUAUCCACAUCCACGACCAGGGCCACCGCCAUCCUUGCCAUCAUGGUCUUUCGUCCGGAGUUCGACAAUGAACGCUUGAACUAAGGCUGUCACUCAUGGUACGUUUGUGCUCCUGAUACUUGGCACUAACAUUGAAUGAAAUUGAGGAUCUAGAAUAGUAUGCCCCGAAAGGUAAGUUGGAAAGAUCUCUGCCCUGAGAAAAUUUGAACAAAACCAAUGUUGCAAAGGAAACAAUACAAUGAUAUCAUCAGGUUCCGUGACCUCAUCCACCCACACAAACUCUUCGGUCAUUUGCAAAAAUAUGCGAAAGCCCUGACGUCACAUGUGUUGACAUGUCUGUCACAGAGCCUUUGGGUGCGCCUGGUGGCUUAUUUGUUGCGAAGUAUCGCGUCAUAGUAGUUGCCUGCCUGCUAGAUUCUGUUUACGCCUCUACUGUGCGAACUUUUGAUUGCCGUUACUAGGACGACCAGGGCAUUUACGAGUUCUUAAUCGUCCUUGAAAUUGAUUUUGUCCUAGUGAACGCAUUUAUCCAAAUAUCUUUAAUUUUUCCUACAGCGCUAAUUUGGAGGCGGGAACCAAAUUUAUGCGAGCAGUUGGACCUCACCAUCAACCUCACAUUGUCCUAGUAAUGGUGAGGCGCCGUUUAGCAUCACCCCAUCGACUAAGUACCAUAUCAGGUUUUAUCUUUUACGAUUUUUCGUGUUUCUACAAUUCGACAGCUGAGAGGCCAGGAAAUUGGAUCAUCUUAUUUUAAUCCUGCUGCGUUGGUAACCUCGAUUUUAAUUUAAGAAAAAAAUUGAAGGCUCUUGACCGAAAUUGGCCCGACCAACCGCCUGAUAAGGCCUUUUGCGGAUAAUGUUGGACAUCUACACUACUCCAACAUCGUAGCCGAUUCCGUUAAUCUGGUAGCUAGAGUAGCCGUUUCAUAGCUGAUGGGUCAGAUCGCUGCAGAAACGACAUUUGGAUGUUAUGUUAGGUCCGAGAAGGCGGACUGUCAAUGCAUCCAGAAGACCAGAAGAUUUUUGCUGGCUUACAGUAAUUGCCUCAUGGAACCUGUCAUCCCCCUCUGGUCACUUAAGUAAUGACCGGCCUUCACAUGUCAAGUCCUUGAACUUAUUCCCGACAUGCGAAGGUCCAAACUCAGUUCUUUUGUAUCACAUGGCAUGCAGCUGUAACCAGAGUUUCUCCGGUCAUUGUCACUCUGAGGGUGAGUAAAGUUCUGAUGGCCAACUAGAUAUGGAUUUGAGCACAUCUACCUGGGUAACUGUACUGAUGACGAAAAGAAAAACCACAAGCAGGCAGAAUAGCAGAAGUUCGUUCUUUACACCACCGCUCUUUAAUUUGGUAACUUAUUCAUUCAUUUGAGUAGAUCUAAAACCUUUUCCCUGUACCAGCGUUUAGAUGUCCAACGGGUCUUCUUGACUUGGCGUUUGAAAUCUGCACCUCAUUCCCCGCAUACCUCGGCUUACAGUCCACUUUUUUCUCUCGCUCGUAAUUCCUCCGCCUGUCUCACCAGACAGUAGAGGUCUGCUAUCUACCAACUUACGUUUUGUUUCAAUCGUUAACAUAGGAAUACUCCUCGGUCCGAAAUUUUUAGUCUUCGUGACGCCAAUUAUUACCUAAAAGGGGAAUUAUUGCUAUCCCUGGACGUCAAUAACACUGCGUGAACUGCAUGUUUGGGUCACUCCGGCUUUGUUAAUAGUUUAUGUUUGAGAUUACCAAGGACUUAAUCUGUCCAGCCCUGCGAAUCUAGUUGAAGUAUCGUGGCCUAUAUGUUAGGGAGUAUCCUAUAUCAAAAGCAAUUGCCAACCUACUGUUUUUAAAAACUCAUAUUACAGGCCUUUUCAGUGCCGCCACAACCUGCUUAUACAUACACUCCAGUCAUCGUUAUUAAAGUAAAUUGUGUCCGCUUGGAGCCCGAGGAAAAGCGAAAAUAUUAUUGUAUUUUGAGAUCUUCGGUCAUUUCUGCGUAAGCUAUAAAAGCCAGAGAGGCAACAACCUGCGGCGCUAUCUCAAAGAGGCACCAAGACCCAAGUUACUUCUUAAGCAACUUUCAGCGUUCAGCUAGUGCUUUGGAAGCGCAUGUCUGCUUUACUCUCUCUCCCUCUCUCCCCUCUAGCUCUUGUCUUAUGGCUUAUUUAUGAACGUGUCUGUCGCACAUUUCAGAGCUUCGUUGGCGAUGACAUGCUUCUCGUGGAUAGCCUACCGGUGCCGGUCGCUGACCAUAACCAGACUUUCUUGCAGUCAGCCGAAGUAACUGAUGGGCCGAAAUGGAGAACUGAAAGCCCUCCGUCCGAAACCACUUCCAUAUGGCCUGACAGCUCCAGCACGUCGAGCGACUCCCUUGUGAGCCAGAGAGCCGUGAAACCUGCCAAGACACUUGUUGGGUCUGCAUCCGUGGGCGCCAGUGAUUUGACUCUCGUAAAAGGCGAAAAAUCGACUUUACGGCUUACGGACGACCGACCCUCUACGGAGACUACGGUAAGUCUUGAAAGUGAACUGUCCAUCAGCCCUUCUAAGUUGUCAAUUUAACUUAGGUCCUCUGUAAUAGUGAGUAUAGGCAGUCAGAUGUGCGACCAGAGACGUCUCGUCUUUGGAAUCUUACCAGAUGUAUCCUGGCCUACUGACCUACUCUCUUUUCCUGGAAGCAUGGUCUGCACCUACUGGUAGUAACCUAAAUAAUCUUGAGUGAUCCUUCGUUAAAAAUGAGGUCACACAAUCAUUCGGUGAAAUGCAACGGUUGGUGGGCGACAGAAAACGCGUAUGUUGGUCUACAGACCUUAUUAAAAGCCCGAGACACCAAAUAGUUCUCUGUCUGUCCUUUUUUGCUGACCGCACUAUAUUCUGUUUGCCAUCAAAGUCAGACUCUUGACCUGUCUCCAAGCUGUAAUCCACAGUUCGGGAUAACAUGUCACCAUUUCCCACCAACAUCUUUUCACCCCCAUCCUUCCACAUCAGAUAGACAUAACUUCCCGCCCUCAGACCUUCCGUUUCCAUCCACUGUUGUCCUCUGCUUAGCAAGCGUCCUUCAGACAUGUGAUGGACAUGAUCCAUCAAACAAGAAGGGCCGUUGUUCAGCAGAAAAUUAUUUGUAUUGGCUCAAUUUGCUCUUAGCAAGUCCACGCAGAGCGCGCGGAUCAGCCCUCUGGCCGUCCAAAAACGCGAUUAGGUCGUUACGUAAGGCGGUUUGGUGUGGGAAUGGUGUCCUGUGGUCCUGGAUUUUAGGCUGGAUGCUGGAGGGGGAUGGAUCCUUCUGACACUAUUUUAAGGUUCCCAGCUUAUGCAGAACGAUGAUUGAAUUUUUACUGGGUAACGGAUUAUUCGCUGUGCCGUAAUGUCGUUAUGACUUGUGACCUUUUCGUAGCUGACCGAUUUGUCAAAUCGGUACCCAGCCUGUCUCGUAGCUAAUCCUCACUGGGGACCGUUCCACUAUCCACCACCCAUGGACGCAUGGGGUAGCUUGCAGCCCAGUUAACAGGCGGACCUCGUCUUCCCGGGGUUUCAAUCGUUCUGGUCAGGUAUGACUUACUGUCGCGAAAGGCAACAUCAAGGUGAUCCAUCAUUUUAAUGCUUACUUUUGCUGACUAACAAGUACAAAGCAGAGAGUUUCGUCUGUUAAUUUUCGAUAUGCUUUGUGCGGUCGAAGACAAAGCCUUAAUUGAUCCUCAUCUUGCCAGCAUGCAGACACCGUGCACCGAAGACUACCAGACCCACCCAUUUGUCCAACACGGCCCUCGCCAUUUUCACCGAUGACCAAACAGUGUUUUAAUUGACAAGCAUUGAUACAUCAGCCCAACUGCCUAGCCUUGAUGAGAGGGAGAGAGGUUUGGCCGCCGUCUGCGUCGAGGCAAGAACGCGCCCUUACCUAUCAACCUAACAUUUCUAGACGGCAUGUAACCACUUCCUAUUCUCCGCCUUCUUCCACCCCGCCCGUAAAACUCUUGGUUCGCUUUUCCUAGGUGCUCCAUCAGACUUCGGAGGUUUGAUUUUAUGCUAGCCCAAAUUAUCGCUCUUCGUGCCAGGCCGGUAGUUCUGGUGCUGAUUUGUCAAACUGCCCCCGCGAGCGCGAUACCAGUCACAUCAAACCGAUGAGUCGAUGUUGCCAAUGAAUCCAGCUUAUGGUCGGCUCACUACGUGGCUGUACCACAAGCGCUGCUAGGGAGCACUGAUUGGGACAUGUUCUGGAUUCUUAUUCGUACAAAAUUUCCAUUAAGUUUACUUAACCCUUGCUCAGCAUACUUCUGAGGGCUGUCUACCGACACCACUCACUGAGGACCUACUCCUAACAGAGUCUUUCCUCUCCAUUUUGCCUUUCUUAUAGUUGGCAGACAACAUGAGGUACUUCGUACAGCCAACAUUUAGCGCCUCGUACCUCAGCUUGGACAACCCAAUUCGGGCUCCCUCCUGUUCUGAUCACGUUUCCUCACCCCAGGAGACGGCCAACUUCACUUCUGAUCCUUCUGGAGAGAGAGAGGAAGUGACCCUUUCCUCCGAAUUCCCCCACUUCUUUCUAUCCGACGGGAGACUCGACUCUGACUUUCACCCUGGAUUUAUUCCGCGCAGUCAGACAAUGACUGGAUCGGGUGCUAAACGCUAUUUGCUUCCGCUCAAAACUUCUUCGUCCUUGCGCUUUGGCUCCCCGCCCGAAAAUUUGGAUCUUUUCCUGAACGAUGGAUCGGCAUUUGAUUCCCAUGACGUCAAGGUCAGUCGGAUUAUUUGCUUUGUGUUACCAAUCAGGCUCAGUCUGGGUAAGCAGGUCUCUCCGUGGUAACUGGGUCAUGUAGAAAACAUGGUACAGCUAAUAAAAAUCGUCAGGGCCAAUUGUUUUUGGAAUGGACGUCAAGUGCGCCAACAAUAAGUUGUACGUUUUGACCAUUUUUCAAUUUCGUCAACUCCGUUUUUGUUCGGCUCUUCACUCAUCCGCCAAGUUACCAACUUGUUAGUGUCGAUAUUUCUUCCGUCAGACUCGGCGACGCCCUCCUCUGUCUAGGUGGUCGAUAAUGCCUUGCACGUGGUUUGUAUCGUAGUGAUGGAAACCCUCAACGCAUCCACCUAACUCUUCCCACGCAAAUCAUGUAAAGAUAGUAAGAAAAGGUCGAGACAGCUAGAGAUGGACGUGGACAUAAUGACGACUGACAAGGCUUUCGUCUACGUCGGCAACAUACCUUUUUGACCGUCGUCCAGGCCUGAAAAAACAGCGAUACCUCAUUGAUUUACUCGUGUUGGUGUCAGAGGGAAUGAAAACUCCUGCACAACAUGAAUUUCAUUCCCUCGCUAAAUGUGGACCUUUAAAAUCCGAUUCUGGAGACUUUGUCUUAGUCCUAAAGUGUGCGUAGGGCUGGACAGAGUUAUCCACACCUGAACGCCAUUUAUGACAAGGUGGAGUGAAUAUGGUUACCGUGGACCACCUUUAUUGAAGAUCAGUCGUACAAAUAAGUAUCUGGACUACAAUACCGAUUACAGUCGUCGAAUUCCGUCGAAUUUGGCUUGACUCGGUGCAAUCCAGAUGCAGAGGACCCUUUUGUGCUUGAGGCCUCGUGUUCGAAACGGUUCCUCAAAAGGAUUUUUAUUGCCGCUUACGAUUUUCUGACAGAAACUGGCAACUUCUCGAAGUUUUUGUAACCAGGAGGUGUGCUUGCCUUUCUAUUUGUCUAUCUUCCCUUCUGAUCACAUUCCAAUUUUUCUGUAACCCGAGUUCGCGAAUGUUGCCCAGAACUACAGCCACGUCUCUUCCUAAGUUGUUAUGGCGCCCGUAGUAGUUGAACUAAAUUGAACUUUCUCACGUUUUAUUGUGCUGUACAGUGUGAUUUAAAGCCCAUACAAUAUAGGCAAAAUCCAUGACACCUCAAAACCACUGUUCUAGCGCUAGAUCCGAAGUAGAAUCUUCCGCCUUCCCUUACUUGACCUCUGAUAGUGUUUGUGAUUUCUUACCCCUUUUGGAGCAAGACUUGACUCGACGGCGCCUAGAAAUUCCUCCCAGUUGUGAGCAGGAGCUGUCAUAAACACUCGCACUCAUUCACUCGUAAUUUUUGCGCUCUCAGCCCUUGGAUUUUGAUGGCCUGCUUUGACGACAACCAGGGCCCAUGAGGCUGUAGGCUUUCAAACCAAAUCCACCUUAUACAAACCCCCCGCUGUCCGCUGCCAGUUACUGCUAUGGUGAAAACCACAACUUCCUGCUACCAGUAUCCCAGUUUUUUACAAGUUGGAAAAGUGGCUCUAUAUUUUCGACAGACGAGUGCCAGUGGUCUUUGCCUCUACAGACUAAACAUAUUCAGAAGUGGUAGACGAGCGCUCACCGAUCGUUUUUACGGAACUCACUCGCCCCACUGUGCCUAAGAACUCUUGAGUCCAACCAGCAGCCGCACAGCGGCGCAUUAUAUAGGCAGAAUGGCAUUACCGACAAAGACAAGGGAGACUGGAACGGCCAUUUCAUAUUAAGAGAAUUUUCCGUCAAAUUUCUUAAUAGUUCUUUCUGGUGCUAGAGCACGACGAGUUUUAGGUCAUUCUUAAAACAGCGGUGAAUCCUUCAAGAUUUUCGGCGUUUUCCUUUCGUUGGCCAUAAAUUUAGAUUCUGUCCCAUGUGUUUAUCGAAACGUUCAAAAUGAGAUGCUUCUUGGAAGUGUUUACUGUAGAAGUGAGGUCUUGGACAUUCAUUCUAAUGCAGAUGGCCGUAUACUCACCCAAACAUAAAGCCUCAUUGCCGAGAAAAAUGAACUUCCACAACGAGUCAGCAGUGAAUGUGCCUCAGGUAUAUUAAAAAACGCACAAAUUACUUUAAUAAGCGGUUUAAUAAUAAUAAGCGCUCUAAUAAAGUAUGUCACCGACAGAUGUCUGCGUACUUCACUUUUUUCUAAGAUUGUCAAGAUAAAAAUUGGGAUGCUUUAUCAGCUUUUUCACUUUUCUGCAAAUUAAUGAUAAUUUUUCUGCCGCGAAUGAAAGAUUUCACUUUUCUUUUUUGUUGGGGCCGUUUCCGCUUUGUCUACUUUAAGGCUCCGUUCUAGGAUUUUAAAGGCACAGCAAAGCGGCCAUAUAAAUACUACGAUAUUGCGAAAAUCGCUAAUCAUCUGCCCGUUCCGUUUCUAAGUCACGCAUUAGCGGAAACCGGACCAUACAAAAAGUACUAUACGUAUGCUCAGUAGUUAACAUGUCCAUUUUCUGAAUGGCAAGUUAUCGAGUAUUCGCAAGGGACAGCAAAAUAUCAGAACGUUUGAGCAAACGAUUGCCAGUAGGCGUUAUUACUGCGUUCUAGGGCACGAAAUCACACAGAUUUUCCAAAAUAACGUUUUAAAGUUGAUACAACGCCUGGUUUUCUAAAAAUGACCCGCAUUUUCCUUCAUCUGGUUUACAUGCUGUUUAAAGUCAUUUUUAAGUGCGUAAGUUCUAUGUGGCAAAACUCGAGUUGAGAUCUCGUUCCUCUCAUAUAAAACAGGUACGAAUGCGCAAACUAAGUCAAGGAUAGCUAUCAGCACGGGAAACCGCUGGAAUAUAAGGUAACGCAGAUUUCGGCUCAAAUUUGUAAGCCUUCUGACUGACAAAAUUACUCAUAACCACAUUGAGCACACAAAAGGGACAUUUUACGGAACAUGCUAGGCGAAUAAGUCAAAUGCCCAACAUUUUAGUUGCCCACUAUUGAUCGCCUUAAUUUCCGUCCUUACGUUCCGUGAUUUAGGCCACAUACUGUAGAAUCGGGCUAAUUCGGAAGUGUGCAUGUAUUCCAACUUUGUGGUUCAUAUUUUCCUUGGAACACAAUCCGGGCUCCCACUCUCCCGCAAUUCGCAAUCUAAUGAAUGUGUACGUUUCCCGAAAACCUAUAAAUAUACAGUGUUCUCUCCUCGAUCGCGUUGGCUGCGCUCCAGGACCCCCGCGGAAAGUGAACAUUCUCGAAGUGGAAACACGUGACUCAGCGGUUAGGGCGUUAGAAUUCGAACGAGCAUGUCGCGGGAUCCAGCUCCUGGUGUUACGCACUUCGGGGUUGGGGAUAACUGACUGAUGAAGGCUAAUAAGCCAAAAAUGUUUACUCCAGUCUCCCUUGUCUUUAUCGGUAAUGUCAUUCUACCCAUAUUUUAAGUCCUUUUAAAUCCUUUCACAUUCUUAUAAACAUUUCUCACAUGGUUAUACAGCGUAAACCCUUUAGCAAACGUAAGAUUGUCAGGCAAUGCAAUCCCCAUGAUCCGGUGAGCACUUCACUUUCCCAGAUAAACUUUCUGCACCGCCUUAGAUAUCGAGUAGGAUUUUUGAAAUAGGAUACAUAACCGCUUGCUCUGAUUGAACAGCUUCCCAGCCAUCCGCCAAUACCGUUCCACGUAUAAAAUCAACUGGGCAGACCAAUUAAGCAAGCAUGAACCAGAAGUAGAAAGGCCCAUUGUCCGCAGGAAUCCGCGACAUAUAUUUAGAUAUGCUUUCACAUAAAAUCCGCCAAAGUCGAAGGUCGAUCCGUCCGAUGAUGGAAACGAGAGCGUCUCCGAAACGUCAGUCCAAAUAUAUUUCGGCCCAUGACGUCGUCCCUUCUCUGUUUUCUUCGGGGGAUGAUGGACACAACAGAGAGAUUGAUGCAUAUCGUAUGGCGUGAAGUCCUUUCGUCGUAUAUUGCAUCGGUUCUCAGAAAGACGACAGACGUUGAAGAAAAUACCGGCAUGCUCACCCGUCCUCGUUUUCUACUUUCAGCCAUUGUGCUCUGUGUGGCCCUCGGAUCUUGAUGGCUUGCCAAUGCGUGUGGACUCUGUUACUUUGCGCCUACACGAGAAGAACUACCAGGAAGAGCAAUUACAUCUACAACAACAGUCUGUUAUCAACACGCUAGCUUCAGAAGUAGAGACUGCGAAGGACGCCAUUUCAUCACUAAGACAAGAGGUGGCGCGAUUACAGAGGCUUUUUGAGUCUCAAGCCCGACAUGAUGGCAACUUUAGUGGCGCCAGCGGAGGCGGUCCUGCCUUUUCCUCGGGCGAGACUAAAGCGUGCCCCAACGGCGACCCUAACUCCGUCAAACCGUCUUUUUCUUUAGAAGAGGUGGGUUUUACUUUGUCGCUCGCAUUUUUAUGUAGUUAUUUGCGGCAUUAAGCAUUACCUCCAUACUAAUGUUUUCUGUCAACUUAACUAGUGUCCAUGCUACCUCUGUUUUAGAGUCUUUUCACAGUACCUCGCUGAGACCUAAUAUUACAUCUUGUCCUUCCGUUCAACCGCUGUGGCCUUCCUCCCAAAAGCACACUUCAGGGUUUGAAUUCUCGACUCAGCCUUUUUUAAGAUCCGCCGUAAGCUUGGACACAUGCACGUCGUUUUAGUCGCAACCUGUCUAACAGAGUACCGUGUUUCCAGCCUAGAUAGAUUUGCCUUAACAAAUAACUGCACGUUUUCUCAUUCGUCGGUACUGUUUGUACCGUUGCCAGUAUUCUAAAGUGUUCACUCUCUUCGGAAACAGGAUGUGAAUACGGGUCCUACCUGUCGACUUAGUUUGACCACAAAAGAUAGGGCGAUGGAGGGCGGGUCCAGCAGUAAUGUACUUCUUAUAAGUGGACGCCAUGUAUGUACCUCACUUUGGAGCUACAGAUGUCUCAUGACUGGAAGAACCCUCGCUGUUGUGGGGUUCCGUUGACCGGAAGUGACAGAGGGCUGGCGCUAGGUUUCACUGUUGUCUGUCUGACGGAUUAAAGUCCGUUAGCUCGUCACCACCUGCGUCGCAGUGAGCCAUACAAAGGUAUAGGUCGGAGCGACCUCCUGCAUACUCAGCAGAUGCAGGGAUUUGAGAACUUUGUACUGGAUUGCAUUUGCCUGCGUGCGGUUUUUUGGCCUUGAUGGAACUAGUUUGUUAUUUAUAAGCGCGCGUGCCCGCAUGAUCUACGAGUUCUCGCACCUCGUGAAGCGUGGCCCCAACUGCUGAUUAUUCGGCCGAGUAUGGCGAUGAUCACCGGCCUGCGGGCAAACUGUCUCUUCAGACACCGGCACCCCCAUCCUGGUGUUCUGUCCUUGCCGAACAAUACGUAAGGAUAGUCAAUUCGUAGCGUCCAGCUAUUUUCUUUGACGACAUGUGAUGCGACUCACCCAUAUUGUAUGGCUUCUUCGAUCAUGUUGCUAUAAAGGUCCGUCCAGGAAGGCGUCUGGGAGCCUUGUGACUGAAGCCGGUUGUGCCAAAUCAUCCAAUUUAAUCGAAAUCACGCGCGGGUUAUUUUCGGUGGUGAAGAUGGCCCCGUCUUGACAGACCGAGAAACCGCCGUCCAAACGUUGUUUGCCUUUUCCGCUCCCCCUCACAUGCAGGCGGCCUGCUCGAGAACCAAUUGGAAGCGAAGGAAGCCACUCAAUGGCGACCCGACAUCGGACACAGAGAAGCCCACAAACGCAACUGCACGCGCACCUAUGAAUCCAACCUGAUAGUCUCUUCAGUUUUUACUGCUUCCCUCCGACCAUGUUUGAUACCGCUGUUAGCAGUAGUUCUCACCACUGGUUAUUGUGUCCUCUCGUCAAUUCUGCUCCCGAGGUCAUUUUUGCUGAUAGAUUAUCCCAACCUCAGUCGCGCAAAUCCUGUACGGUCGUGUUGUACUCUCCCUGCUGGAUAGAACCUCAAAGGAAAGUCUUUGCAUCUAAAGUCGACUCACAGUGUUCCGUCAGUUGGUAUUUUUCCCCAAAUAUACGGGCGAGAAUGCGACAUCAUUUUUGCGAUGCCCCCUCUCCGAGCUCCUGUUUCGGAGUCAGUGCCCUAGAUGUUAUGCACGCGUCUUACAUAAACCGCCCACUCCAGAACAUGAUGCAUGUUUAGCGAGGGAGGGAGAGCAACCGCGAACAUUCCAGUCUUCCCACUGAACAUCUUUUGAUGUACUACUCUAUUUUUUACUUCAUUUUUUCUGUACAGGCGCUCUCGGAUGCAAUGGAUUUUUCUGACGGCUUGAACGCGAUGACCGAUGAUGAUCUCAUAGAGUUGACGGAUGACUACAGAUUACACCCAAUGAGUGCGCGCCAAAUGCUGCGAAUAGCCACCCGCGACGUUGUUCGUAGUCACAGCAUCUCCUCAGACGUCAGCUCUUUUGAGGUUGUUGAUGCGAAGGAUGCUGGACCUGGUCUGCCUUCGUCCGUCGAGUCAACAACCAUAGUGCUGCCAGAGUGCGGGACUUGUCACCUACCGUUUGGGGCCACUAGACCGUCACAUCCAUGCGGGUAAGCAUCACAACCACCUCACUAUCCUACGGGCUUCGCCUAUUCGCUUUAGUCAGCCCGAACUCCACCGAUUAUAUCGCUGCUUUGGCAGUGGCUAGGCGGACGUGUAGAUAGUUCUUACCAACCUCCAAACGUCCUGUCGUGCCUUCGGAUAUUUUGAUGCUGCAACAGACGACGCCUUCCUACAGGAAGAAUCGACACCUGUUUAUUUGAUAAUAGCUGGCCGCAAAAUCAAGGCAGAAUAUGACUUGUAGUGCAUCAGCGGCAUCACCUCGUACAGAGGAGGAUGAGGAGGCUGACCGUUUUGGGAAUGCGAUAAUAUGUUGACCUGACCCCUUUGGUUUUUCGGCUUUGUUGCCUCAUCGGCUUGACUGGAACCUAGGCAUUUGAUCUAUGCGACUUGGUCUGUGCCAAUUCGCUAGCGUUUGUCUGCGGGUGUGACAUGCUGACAGAACCAGCCUCCUCUAUUAGCUCUUCCCUAGCAACCCUGAGCAACCGCCCGAAUUACUGCCUCAACCUUCAUGAAUUCGUGCCAGUCACUUGGCUUAUGCUGAUGUUUAUGCAGAUAAGCGGCUGAUAGCCAGUACUAUAAUAUUGAUUUUGGUUUAUGUUCUAGAGAUUGCGGUCGACUGUUCUGUGACGUUUGUCUCCGCUUUCCGGCUUUCCACGACGGGAGCAGCUUGCACGCGGGCCGACUGAUGGGAGUCUGUGACAGUUGUAGUCGUCAUUUCAACGCUUCUGGUCACGAGAAGUUGCAGCGGCCACAAUCUCCCCGGAAAUACGCCGCCCACCCAUCUGUUCCUCUUCUAAUGCCCGAUUCCAUUGAACCGAACAGAACCGUCGAGUUCUUUCCGCGGACUGAGGCCGAACCGCCGUCGUCCAACAACGGUACGCUUGGCUUGCUGGCUGAGGUUCAGGAAGAGUUCCCCAGUCAUCCCAGUAUCCAUUACCGUUAUGUCAACCCGGCUUCGCGUCCGUACCAGAACCAGCCUGUUCUACGAACAUACUCCACCCAUGAUGACAGGCCCGUGAAGGAAGGUAAGAUCAAUAUCUACCGCUGUCGGACUGUGGGGAAUUGUUCAUCAACAUCCAGUGGACGCAGUCAAAACGGCAUCGCUCGAGCCUGAUUCUACCUACGUCAUCGGCAGACGGGCUUUCCUCGUCCAUCGUCUCCGCCUUUGCUCAAACCGGUGCCUUUGGCGCUCUCUCUCUCUGUACGUCUCUAAGAUCCCUCCAUCAUCCUAUUUACUUUCAUUAUAGACUCCUCCCCUCCGGAUUGCCGAGUCGUCCGGCAAAUUAAGCCGCCUUCCACUCACUUCCUCAUUGUACCCAAGUUCCCAUUGUUUAAUUCAACCUGUACACAUUCAGCCAACUUAUUUUCGUAUGCUAACUUUUUUUUCAGUACUACUUUUAUCUGUCCCGCCACAACUUCUAUCCGCCCCUUCAUGAUGGAUGUUUAUCUGUAUGGACUCUAGCCCAUCUUUUCAAACUACGGACAAUACGUACUGCAGACUGAAUGGUACUUUUGUUUCUCUUUCUCAAACGCUGCUUGGUGAGGCCCUGCGCACCCGAUUUACCGUCGGCAGCGUUUUGCACACCAAUAGGCGUGUGUGUGUUUUCUCUCGCGGCUCACAGCAACUACUUCAAUUUGCUACCCGCUUUCUAGAUUGGUUUGCUGUUUUCUACUUUCUCGCCUACGCUGUUGCCGUUUGUGUAGAUCCGAUUACGCUUAUGUUUUGAGGGCAUGAGGCCGCAUGACUUCGCCCCCCCCCCUCUGGUCCGAAUCAGCGCUCAGGAGCAAACGCUACAGAUCUGUCUGAUUUCUUUUUCCUCCAAAAUUAACAAAGAUCUCUGCCUUUUCCCUCGCUCUGUUUUGUGCAGGCCACUGUCAGCUUGUUUACGCUACGGCCACUUGUAAAUAAAAAUAUCUGUGACGGGGUUUGACUUUCGUGAUAUUCGAGUUAAGAAAAAUAGUCACCAAUCUUUCUGGUUAGGAUUUAUUUUAGAGAUUUAAACGAUGGUGGAGGACAAUCCUAUGUAAGCACAUAUUGGUACUAAAUACUGUACUAAAAUGCCAUUCAGUCAGUACCUGUCAACCGGCCCAGUUGAGAGUUAUCAAGGCAAUUGUAGUUUUUGCUUUUACCGCGACGCAUUUUCACUCCAGUGGCUACUAUUUGUGUCGUUCCAACACAUUCUGACUUGACUUUCGGUGGCCAGGCAUGGAGCGCUGCGCUAGCUGCCAAGUAUGAAAACUGUCCAACUCUUCUUUCCCGCUUUCGCCUUCGGACCGUACGGCAAGUGCCACCCUUCUGCUGGCGAUUAAAAGAUCUAGCCCGUUGGUCUAUCAAGGCUUGGCGGUCCUUCGCGUACUCUGAUAGCCUACACACGGUCUAACCAAAUGCACCAAUUCUGCAUGAUUUGUAUAGCCCUUUGAAUAGGUCUUUUGAACCGACAAAUUGUGCUCAAAAGUGUGACGUUCCACAAAUUAGUGUUUAAAUUUAGAAAAACUCAAAUUCAUUCAAAUCGGAUACUUCGAAGUCUAUCAUGCCUGUUGCUCGGGUUACUUUUUUAGCGCGUCCCGUCUACCUAAGCAGGGGGCCGUCAUCAAGUUUUAUUCGAGAGCGAGUCCCUUCUGCACACGAGUGCUAGCUAGGGCAUCUCGACUUAAAACUCGAAUGGACACGAUUGUCGAAGGUUUUGAACGCCAACUACGGCCAAAUAGUCGGCCUUGUGUUUCCCGAAUUCGGAAUGUGCCUAUGGUUCCUUUCCAUGAGGUCUGUCCACAGGGAUCGUCGCCGUUCCUGGCUAAGCAGGCGUUUUCUCUGCGAUCAUGUCCAUUCCUCUGCGUUUCGGGGACUGUUACCGUGCCGUCAGGGCUCGCCCUCUCGAAGUAGAACGACGCUUUUUGGCAUCUACUUUCAGUAUUGUUAAAGGCUGCCGCUGGUGAUUAGGUAGGUGUGAGCUCUGACAUGCUCUCGUUACUCCUGUGUUCUAAAGGGCAGCUGUCUUUGGGCUGCCAACGGAGUGCCAGCACGACUGCCUUCCAUAAGACUCACCGUCAUGGGAGAAAAACACUGCGACUCAGGGGCCUACGCACGUUCUCCCGUAGCGACCAGUGGUUGCAUCGUUGAACGUCGGACAGAUGUAUCCUUCAGCUACUGUCCUACGAUUUCCCGCGGCAGCUCGCUUUUGGGGGUACAUAUCACGUUGAAGGGAUACGGUUGACACCUUGCUCAAAUAAGUCAGGAUCAAAAGGAGGACUUCAUAAACGCAUGAAGAAGUUCGCCAGACGCGGCGAUCCGCUAACAAAGUAGCAACAAACCCGAGAGGACUGCCAAGGACGGGCAUUCCGACUAUCACUUUCCAACCUCUCCCUUACAUCCUCACUGUCGAUGCACAUUCAGUGCUCGUGGUAGGCUUUCUGUGCGCGACAACGACCAGCGCAGCAAGAGAACGUUCACUUCGACAUCCUAACUCUGGCGGAAUGACCAUGUAAACUAUCGUCGCUACCCACGGUGGCCGGAACGCUGUGUAUGCGGUCUUGCCAACUUGCGCUUUGCCUUUGGCAUGCCGCCCGAUCCGACCGUUUGCGUACGCGCAUUUACGCGCGCUUAGACCAGAGCCAAGACCGCCAGGGCCGAUCGAUCGGCGGCGUAGCCGACGCGUGCACUUCAGACCAGCGCGCUCGUGUGGUCACGUGAUCUGCACGUUGCCAGCGCACACGCCCAAGUCACGUGUUUGCAACGUCGCGCAGAUAGUCGACGUACGUCGCUGAUCGACUGGAGAACUUACCUGGCCAUAUCACAUUUCAUCCACUAGCACGACGAUGACAGAGCGCCAAAAUAGGGCCUACGGUCAGAAGACGAGAUAACCAUACUAGCUCCUGCCUUUCCAAUUUGUUGCUCUUGACUGAGCAGUGAAAUUAUGCGCUAGAUAAGGAUGGCGGGCUUAACGUCUAUGCUGACUUCAAGAGGACGCUCGACGUCCCACACAAACUUUAAGCCUACAAACCAUCCGAAACUGGGAUAGGAGGAAAGCUGCUGAAAUGAAUUGCACGUAUGGGUUGGCUUCUCGUAGUCAUCCCCUGCCUCAGUUUUAAGUGGUGCCCCCAGGGUUCAGUCCUCGGUUAACAAUCUGAGUUGCAGCGCCGUCACGUUUGCGAGCGAUGCUAGGCUCUGGGUAGCCAUCAGGUCUGAUGAAGGUAGGAACACAGUUAGAGAGAGUCUUGGUUGACUUAGCAACCGGUCUGCUCGCUGGCUCAUAAAUUUUUACGUUAGUGUGUGGUCUUAAGACUCAAUGGGAAGACCUCGCCUCCGACCGACCGACAUGACGGAGAGCAGUGAAGGCAGGUACAACGAUCUACGAAGUCAACCGUAUCACCGCCGCCAAAGCCAAACCCGAAGCUCGUAAAUCUCUACUUCCUCCGCCUCGCAACAUCAACAAUCAACCACCCCCUAACUGCUCACGACGUCAACGGACGUACCGGGCACCAACCGGUCUCAUUGGGAAUCGUACCGACUGCAGCUCUCGGACGACACCAACCGAUGUCCCCCCGACCACCUCUGCCCGCCCCCCACGACGACAGCCAGCACUGACCGCGCCCUGAGCCCCACUGCCAUCCUUCUCCAUUGCCUCAACAUCUGCUUCGACGGCUCCUGCACACACCGCCACAGCACUCAGUCCCAGCACACCAACAAACAUCAACCCCACUACCGCCAACACCAGUGGUGAGGACCUGGUCUACACAUUUCCUCAUUGCGACCGCAACUUCACCUCAAACAUCGGCUUGGUCGGUCACUUGCGAAUCCAUCGCUCAAAGACUGGCGAACCAGUGUCUGGAGCACCAACCUACAUCCGCCGCAUUCGCCUCCACUGCCCACACUGCCCCCGCACAUUCAUACAUCGCAUUGGCCUAUUCGGCCACAUGCGCGUCCACGAAAACUAGCCGUAGACAACCGCCAGCUAAACCACAACAUCACAUCCUCCCUCACUAACAUCUCACCGCACAUCAGCAUCACCCACCACAAGCACCCUAAUGCCACCUCCCAGGCAAGUAGGAAGUGUGCGUCUCGACUCGGUCCCCGUGCGGCUCCUGUUGCAUGGGUGACUCGAGCCUGAGACUAUCCCGGUGCAUCUAGCGCCGCGUAUUGGAAAGCUGCUGACUGACGCCCCAACUCGGUCCACGCAGUCCGUCCAGUUGUGUUUGUGUGCAGUGGCGGAAUGGUUGCCUGACAGCCAGUCUGAAGCGACCCCUUCUCAACGUGACCUACGGCAUUCUCAUGCAUGUGAGAUGUACGCCGCUCAAUCCCCCAUUGUGUGAAAUCAUCGUGAUUGUGUUUGCGGGCCAGGUCGUGCAUGUGGCGCACACAGACAACGUCACUAGAUAUGUCAGCCACCGCGCCCAUUCCUCGCAUCAGUCAACUGACCGGCUCGGACAGUGCCUGAGGCACAGGAAUGAGAAGGGAGAGUGAAAUCAACGACUCCGAGCAUUUUCAUCACUAAAACCAAUCUGACGCACUUGAAGCUAUCACGAUGCUCUAAAAGCCGUGGCUUGGAAGGUUGCCAACUGACAGAAUAACUUGGAGUUCGCAGUCGACCCAGUGGUGUGUGUGCUGCAGUUGUGGAGUGGCCGGAUGGUGGUCUAAGAGUCAAGCUGAAGUGGGUCCUUCUUAAUGUGGCCUUUAUGGCACUCCCACUGUGUGGGAUCUGAGUCGGGUGUGGCGGCAAUCCUAGGUGCGACUUCGGCCGUGCCAACCUCCAUUCUUUUGUUGUUGUUGUUGUUGUUGUUGGUGGUGGUGGUGGUGGUUAAAAUCCGGGUUAAGUGUGUGUUGCGUAUCAGGGGGUGUGGAGUGGAAUGCCAAGGUGCGGGCUCGACCGUGCCAUCCACCAGAGGCCUCCCUCAUCUUUGGUCUUCUUGACUCUGGCCUGAUACUGUGCCCAACUGUGGAGUGGGGGAGAGAGAUUGCGGUGGAUGCUCUGAAAGUCUACAUUCCCUGUAAAAUAAUUCAUGCGCAUGUCACAGUGUCUGCUGCGCCUUGUUGUGUUGCACACGGUGGACAUCGUCGGAAUUGAUGGUCGAACUAUUAAUCUUCAGACUCAGUACCCGAAGGACCAGUGAGAUAGAUGAUUCCAUUACGUCCUUGAUGGACAGCACCUUCAGGCGUUGAGGAACAGAAGGAUUUCGGUGUUAUAGUUACCACCUCGCCUAAACCACCUUUACAGAUCUCAAAGGCAGCUAAACGCGCGACACAGGUGCCAUUCGCGCUGAAACGAGCGUUUGUUCAAAUUGAUCAAGAACACUAUUUCAGUCUCAAUUUGAAUAUCCCGAAUAGGUCUGGCGUCCGAGGCUGAAGGCAGUUUAUCUGCUUCUGAAAAGAGUGCAAGUGAGGGCUGCGAAUACGGUGAAAAAUCUUGGUCAUCUGCUUCAAGAGGCCGGACUGGGCGAACUUUAUUUGUUUCCUUUAAGCUGUAGGCAAUUGGGCGGUGAAGUCAUUCAAGCCCACCGCAUUGUAAGAGGUUGUGAGUGUACCCUAGAGUUCAAUGGCUUCGUUGAGUUUUCUGGGACGGACUGUCUGUGUGGUUAUCUCUUUAAUCUACAGAGGGCGUUGGCCCAUACGCUAGCCGGACGGAACGACCUGUCUCAGAGGGUCGCUGGAGCCUGGAACGGACUUCUUGCUGUGGCGACGCUUUCAAACACUUGAAACACUUGACUGCAGACUAGAUACUCGUAUUCUGCAGUUACUUGGCUAUGAAUUUGAGUAAUGCACUUCUAGCCUAUGCCCAGCAGUCUGCAUAAUAAUCCUAAGUUUUUCCCUUGGCACUACAUUUCACACUAAGUUAACAUUUGUUGUUACCAUACAACCAUGCAACCUUGCAGUCUGUAGUGACUUUUAAGUCCGUUUUGCUUUAGUCAGUUACAAUACGCUUUUUAAAGAACUUGACACAACUUUGAAUGAGACAUAGAACGAGCACGUGCAUUUUUACCUGCUGGCAACUUUGUUCUUGUCUACUAGUUGUUAACUGCUGGGAUACUGCUAUCUUCGUUUCCUUGAUAGCCUGCCCACUGUGCCCAACUAAUGGGUUUAUCACUUACAACUCUUUAUGGGCUAGGGAGGAGAGAAUCUAGUAGAUGUGAACGAGUCUGCCUCUCUAAAAACCCUUUCGUGCGCAACUCACCGCGCCGCGCCCACUCCGUGGGCCACACGGUUGAAGUCUCUCGCAAUGGUUGAACCCUCACCUCCUCAUCACCUAAAAACUCACUAAAAGCUCAUUAGUCAGCCCCGCCAUCGCCCACAAGGAAUGAAAAGGCAGGCAGUCUUGCAGCAACAUUUAAUUGUGUGGCAGGGGAGAGGGGUACCGACAAAGAGAAUGGGACUGGGAAGCCUUUUCAGACUUAUUAGCCAUCGUUCAAACUCAGGCUUGCAACAACUGAACCUCAAUCCCGCGUUCCUUGGUCAUUGUGCGUUAUUUAAAUUCAACUCCCUACCAGAGAACGCGAGUUCGAGCCCCAGGCCAUAGAGAAUCAGGUUUGAGAAUGAUUAACUGGCGACGACUAAUGAACUAGAAACAGCCACCCCAGUCGUUCUUUUCUUUGUCGGCACUCCUGCCCUUUAAGCAAAAUAACUUUUUCGAAGGACUUGUCGAACGUAACGUUUCUGAACCUAAUCUGGUUGACAAACAAUCAGAUUUCGGGCAGCUGACAGGUGUCGUUUUAAUUCUCUAGAACACCGAGCUGCGGAUAGAAUAUUCUGAUAUUCGUGGCAAGGUUUGGCCCUGCAUUCAAGAAUUCCCUUAUGAUGUUCAUACCUGCUAAGAAUUUAAAAUCCGUUAGCACUGGGAGAUAGCUUACACAACACGGAAUACCUUUUCGUUAAUGUCUGGUGUAUAAACUAACCACCAGGAGUAUUUGUGUCCCGCAGCUUUUCGACUAACAAGGGACCUGCGUUUUUCUUGGUUAACUGCAAAAAUGGCUUUAAUUUCGACGAUGGUUUUGGUGAUAAUUUAGCUGAUGUUCUUACCCGUUUUGGAAGUUAGUAUACAUAUUUUAUAACCAAUCUACCUAGAGCAGCAAAUGUCACGAAUUUGCAAUAUCCAUACUUAUGGUAGGAAGCAAAGUAGGCAUCAAGAAGUAUUAACAACAAAGGUUAAGGACAUCGCAAUGACUUUUUCUGACCUGUUAGCCGUUACCACCCACCACUGCCCCAACCUUGGAUGUUGGCUCAGUGAAGCCUUGAAUCCAGGCACAGGUAAUCACUGCGAAGUUGAAGUAAAGCAUUCUAUCAGCCGGAAUUUCCGGACUCGUCCUCUGACAACUGAGGUUGACAGCAUGCAGAGUCGCACGUACCUGGCGUUAACAGAUCCGUCUUGUCUGUAGAAUAGAAAUUUAAAUGUCGACUUGGAUUUGGUCCUCCUGAUCUAGAGCCAUCCCAGCCGGUGGCGUAGUGACCACCAAUCAGUGAUCGAGAAAUUUUGCUGACGCAAAUAUUAUGGGCACUGUAAUGACUACUUCUGGCCAUCAGCUCGUGUGUCAUCGCAAUCCCUUAUGCUGGCGCACCCAAAGCUUGUACCUGGGAUUAAGCCCGUGUAAGCGAACCUAUUUUCAGGUAGUUUUUCUUUUCAGCCACGUGAAUAUGGCUGAAUUCCGCGAAGUCUGCUGCUUAACAUAGGUUGCUUUUUAGGAGCGCAAGUAAGCGAAGUCGAUCAAAACAGUCGCUCUGUUGACGAAAGAAUUAUGCGAUCGUCCAAACCACUUUACUGUCUGGGCUUGCUUUCAACGCUGAGAAAUCUUAUUAAAAUGGAAAGAACUGCUGCCCAGUAUAUUAGAUAUAAAAGUAUGGUCUCGUGGUUCGGUCUUUUGGGAGAGAUAAUGUGUCAGGGUUGGUAGACAUUUAGUAGGUAAAUAUCCUACUAGAACUCACCUGUAUUUGAUCUCUAAAUACAGGCAUCUUUACCUCGUUUUAUAAGACGCUCCUUCAAAAUCCUCAACUUCCUGUCCGUUUCUCUCUAAAGGACGCAUGUCAUAAACCCUAACCGCUCAGGUUGCAUGCGAUACUUUAACCAGUUUAGUUCUUUCCGUAUGUUUGUGAGUCCUUUACAGAAAACUUUCAGCGGAAAACCAGUAGAGCUGCCCUUAUUUUUAAAAACAGGCGAAAUGUAUCCAUGCCACCCUACCGCAUGUUGCUCUAUUUUAAGGAAGCCUGUAAGUGCGCUUUGUAAGUCGCCUUCACUAUUGCUUUUGUAUAAAUCCUACGCACCAAUUAUGGUUUUACUUGCUAACCAAAUCUCAAAAUGCCGAGUUACGCUUUUUCCUAAUAGGGCUUUUUCCCCUCAGAGCUCUUUAUUAUGGGUGGACCAUUAAUAAGCGUGAAAUUUGUAGUGCAGAUACACAUCCGUGGUCAGUUUUGCUGACACUCCUACUCCAGUCCUUCCAAGCCCAAAAAUCAACUCCAUGACUUUUUCUCCUUCUCUCCCACUUUCAAGUUUUGUUCGGCACGCAAAUUUGCUUAAUGGCCUGAUAGGAAGGGGACCCAUUCGCUGGCAUUUGAAGCGAGGAUUCAUUCAAGGGAGUUGAAUUGAGGGACUCGGGUUUCCUCGUUGGAGCAUAUCAAGUGCGUUGCUGACCUUUCUCGGGCCAAAUAUAACGUGCGCUCCCGUCAAAUGGUGUUUGAUGCUAUCAAAAUUUACGGAAACCUUGUCGCUAAGUUUAGCCUGGGAGAAAACUAUGGAAAUGGAAAAGAGGCGUAAAAAAUUAAGAGUAUCUGUUAAUCCCUGUCCAGCGUCGGUUUUGUUGACCCAGCUGCCUCUCGGCCAUUUCAGUCCAUACAACUGGCUGUCCAGUCUCAGACCAUUUUUUCGUUCGACCGUAUAUUCCAGCUCCAGAUUGCAGAAUCUAGUCAUGACGGCAAACGUGCUGACACUCCAGGCAGACUGAUUUACAGCUACUAGGCAGGAUCCGGAUACUUUGACAUUUGGUUCGUUGCAGACAUUGAGAAACUGCGGCUGCAGACAAUUGGAACGCCGUUGGCAGCCGAGUUUCAUCUAUCAAUCUGCAUAUGGUUCAGUUUAUUUACCGCAACUGUCUUCAGUCCUAUCGAGCAGGAUUGAAAAUAUACAAACAACUCUGCAGUGUGAGGCUUAAAACUUUACUAACGCAAUAAGACGAUCUAUUUUGGCCUUUUCUCUGCUUGUAUGCCCUCUUAUUUCCCCACUGGCGCAGGUGACACAUAGACAGGAAACCUAACAACGGUUUCGAUAGGUCAUCUGCAUUUUAGGUGCACACGAGCCAGUCCGUCGUUUUCCUGUUUUUUUUAUUGAUAUACAAGUGGUUGUGCUCAUCACACGCUUAUUCCUACAAAAUAAAAGUAUGCGAGGUAACAAUCGGGAGAUGGCACCCAAAAAAAUCCGUUACCUAGAAAUAAUACCUUUAACAGUGGACUCAAACGCCUUCAGGCUAUAUCAGCGGUUGCAGGCCUCCUUUCGCGCACUAUAUGGACUUUAUGCGACGGCCUAACAUGGGCUGGCCGAAAGAACAUCGCAGGAGGUUACAUGGACGAUGGUCGCUGUUACCCAACCUUCCCCAUCGUUACACACGUACACCUGAAUAUACGGCAGACAUUCGCCUUAUGGCAGUUUAUUACAAAACAAAAACACUUUUAAACGGGAUACGUCUGCAGAAAAUGGGACAGGAACAGUUCCCAUGCAUCUGUAAAAGACAUGACAUUGAGGCCAAGCCAAAGACGAUACUGUACUUCGUCUAUGUGAGCCCACACAGCUCGACCACAUACAGGGCCUCCCUCGAGGAGUUUCCUUUUCAGUCGACUCCAGUAUGCCUCAAUGGCAUUGGUGUGCCGUCCGGUGAUAGGGUCCUUGAAGUUAUUUGAGUGGUUAACAGAGAAAUGUAGAUAACCUUCUGAGAGGAGACGAUUUUACGCUCUUCACUCGUCCGUUAUCACUAUACUGCCUUUGGCGACCAAUUUUGUAAUAACAUAACGGAGAGCGGAUCAACUUCGAUCAUUCACCUGUUUAAAUAAGGAUUUCUAUCCGCUAGUACCGUACAUCCCGACCAACCACCACCCAUUCAACCCCUAUUACCACCUGUCCCGUAAGGCAGGCUGCCUUGGUUAGGCGGAUUUUUUUGGGUGCCAUCUCCCGAUUGUUACCGCUUAGUCUUACUUUUUCAUUCCGAAAGUGAUUUUUGUUGCAUAUUACCAGAGCUGGGAUGCCUGCAUUAUAGAUAGUAUAAAGAAAACCAUCAUGUUAUCUUUAGUGCGUGUCCCGGAAAGGCUAGUAUAGUCUUCCUCCAUUUUCGGCAUUGUUCACUACGUUCAAAUUAGCGGUCAUUUGAUGAGCUUACCCGUGUCCUACUGUAACUUUUGUGAACCAGUUAAUACCUAAAUAAUUCUACUGUUGGUAAAGUCCAUUCUUCCAUAUCAGACAGAUGCCAACUAUCUUGGUUAGACAUCAUUAAAAUUUGCAACAGGGUUUGCCUUAAAGUAAUUUCAGUAGAGUAAACUUGCCCGGUAUCAAAAUGUGACUUCAGAUGUGAUCCCUCUUACAGUUAGCCCUAUUUAAGCGAUUUGUAACAUAGCAAUUUUCUGAUAUUCUAGUUUUCAGUUAGGAAGUAUUAAAUGUUAAACUCGCCAACGUCUUUUUUUAAGAGCAGUUAUUUUUUUACUGCUAUAAAACUUUGGUGAAAGCAGUUUGGAUGGAUUUCGCGUUAUAGGGAUUUCCUUGUGCUAACUCCAUGACAUUUCGUAGGUUAGCACCCCCACUGCACGCUGGGACACUGACGGAAGUAACAACAAAUUAACCCCCUUGUAGAAAGUUUCCCAAAUGAAUAUAUGGGAAAACUCCACUUGCCCUCGAAGUUCAGUAUUUCCUUGCUAUACCAAUAACCCACAUGUCCUCCCAAAGCAUUAAGUUGAAGUCUUAUGUCAAAACUUAUGUUGGAUUAGGAUAAGGCUGACUGAUGACAGUUAAUAAGACAGAAAUAGUCCCCCUUGCCUUUGAUGAGGCUCUUUUCAGUAAAUAUUCCCGGCCACUAUGUGACUGUCUACGAGGGCUCUACGAUGAGUCCCAAGGCACAAGGGGAUGAGUAUAUCUCACAAUCCGAUUGGUGAACGCACUUCCAACAUGAUUAAUAUUUACAAUCGCAAUUGACAGGUAAACGGGUUCGUUGCUCAGUGAUCGGAGGGCUGGACUUUAUAACGCUCCAUGAGUAGAGAACGCGGGUUAGGGUCUCACGUGCGGCAAAGUCCGGGUUUGGGUAAGACUGGUUGACGACAGCUACUGGGCCAGAAAUGACCAGCCCAGCCUCCCUUGUCUUUGUCUGGACUCCUUCCAGCAUACUUUGUAUCUUUUGAGUCCACUGUUAAAGGUAUUAUUUGUAGGUAACGGAUCUUUUUGGGUGCCAUCUCCCGAUUGUUACUGACUAAGCUCAUGGUCAAAAAGGCUCAAAAAAGGCUUCUACGCAGUCCUCUGACCGUAAAGCAUGGCACAUAUGCCCGCUGCGCGCACAGUUGGCGUUACCCAAUCUGCAUUGUUCACCGGACGACGUGGGAAAGUUCAUUUCUGACCUCGCAGGCGGCUGCAUAGUGACAGCCAAUCAGCAACACUUGAGUAGCGUUGCCGACAGGAAUAGAGAAGACAGAAGGGACUAGUCCCGGCUUAUUUGCCGUCGACGGCCUGCCAUACUUCAGCUGCACCAGACUGAAAGACCUGUGCUUUUCAACGCUAGUAGGCAAUCUUAGCGCGAAUCAGUAGAGUACUUCACGUUUGAAGGAACAAUCUACGAGCAAGUGAAGGGAACACCAAUGGGCUCGCCGAUCUCGGGAUUCAUCGCCGAGGCGGUCCUACAGUGGUUGGAGUCGCUUGUCUUCCAACACCACAGACCAAAAUUCUGGGCUCGGUAUGUGGACGAUACCUUCGUCGUCAUCGAACGGGAUCAGGUGCUAACGUUCAAAGAACGUCUCAACAGCGUCUUCCCGGACAUACAAUUUACGACGGAGGAGGAAGAAAAUAUCCAGCUGGCAUUCCUUGAUGUCCUCGUCUGCCGCAAAGAUUGUGGUGGCCUAAAGACCAAAGUGUUCAGAAAAGCGACGAACACGACGCAAAUACUGAACUUCAACAGUAACGACCCCAUCAGCCACAAACGCAGUUGCGUAAGAACGCUAUUUCGGCUUGUUGAGGCGCACUGCAGUGAACCGGAAGACAAGGUUGCCGAAUUCCAUUAUCUUCGACGGGUUUUCAGAGAAAAUGGUUAACCGCGCAACUUCGUCAACCGGUGUAUGCGCAAACAAGGCGAGCGACAAAACCGUGCCCACCCCAAAUUCUGGCGAGCGAUCCCGUACAUCAACAAUGUCUCUGGGGCCGUUAGUCGCCUUCUUUCACCACUUGAGGUUGGUGUUGCACACAGACCGGAGGCCACCAUGAGGCGUCAGGUGAUGAGACCAAAAGACCCACUGCCACAGCAAGAAACAUCUGGAGUCGUUUACCGGAUCUGGUUCAGUUGCGGACAAAGCACUUACGUCGGAGAAACUGGAAGACUGCUCCAAACGCGAAUUGCCGAACACGCGGCAGCGGUACGGAGAAAUGACGCCAACUCUCAGGUCGCGGCCCAUUCGACGAGACGCGGCCACAAAUUCAAGUUCGAUGAGGCUGAAAUUCUCUCGAGAGGGGAUAAUCGCGUGAGCCGCGAGUUGCUUGAGUCAUGGUUCAGGGGACCUCAGUCUACCAACAAGUGCAACGACAUCCCCACUCCAUAUUCCGUGCUGAGGCAUAGGCUGCCCAAAGCAAUUGACCACUCGAGGAGCGAGCAAGCCGGUGAGCCAGAUGGCCGAGCAAUCAUCACGCCAGCAUCCAACACGGGUGAUGACAUUUCGGCAAUUAACAACUUGCAUGCCGGCUAA